CUAAUUUUAAUAAUUGUGUUUAUCUAAUCAAAUCAUUGUACUGCUGUAUCGUGUAUUAAUGUAAACUUUGAUACAUAAUUGUAUUUAAUAAUGGUGCACGGUGUAGUGAGUCUGAGGUGUCCAUCGGGCGGAGCAUGUCUGAAAACGGGCGUAUAAAAUUAAGUAAAUAAAUCCCAGACCCUCGUAUCUCCGCCCACAGAGCGUGAGACAUAAAUGAAGACGCGUUCCAGUGUCCGCGCGCUGCACAGCUACAAAUGUAGGCUCUUGCGCGGGUGCACGCGCUCCACCGUGACGCGAGCCGUCCUGAACUGACGCAGGCGAUUAAACAAAUAUUGAACGAAUUUUUAAUUUCUUUCUUUCUUUUAUUGUUAGUUUUCUUUCUCUCUUUCCAAGCGUGGGAUUGUUUACUCUUUUUCUUUCUCUCAGUCUUUUUUUUUUCUUUUUCAUUUUAUUCCUUUAUUUUUCUGAGCUCAAGCGCGCCGGUCAUGUCCACGGGCUCAAUCAGCGACGUGGACGACUUCCACGAGUCGGAUCUGCUGGACGGGCUGCUGCGGAUCGGAGCCGGUAAAUCGGAUCACGGCGCGUCUAACGAGAGCGCGGAGGAGAGCAGCGCGGGCGACGGCGGCCCAACGCGCUCGUGCGCGGCCAAACGGCGCAAAACAGCCUCCUCGCGCAGAGCCGACGGUGGUGCCGGGACUGCGGCUGCUCCGGGGCACGAGGGGAAGCAGGUCCAGCGGAACGCGGCCAACGCGCGCGAGAGGGCGAGGAUGCGCGUGCUGAGCAAAGCCUUCUCGAGGCUGAAGACCACUUUGCCCUGGGUCCCCGCGGACACCAAACUGUCCAAACUGGACACGCUGAGGCUCGCGGCGAGUUACAUCGCGCACCUGCGGCAGAUCCUCGCGAGCGACAAGAACGAGAACGGCUACGUCCAUCCGGUGAACCUGACCUGGCCCUUCAUGGUGGCAGGAAAACCGGACAGUGACCUCAAAGAUAUGCUGACCUCCAGCAGGUUGUGUGGGACCACCGCGUCCUGAGAGGAUUUACCACCAAUUCUCGGACUUAUCUCAGAUUCUUUUGGACUUAUCUCAGAUUUGAUGAUCCUUAUAUUCCAGUGCAUGAUACGUCAUCUCCCACAAGAGGAGGGGAGAUAAAAAAACGAAAGGACCACGUCCUGGCGCGAGAGAGACUCUUAUUUAAAAUCAUUCACACGUCUUAACCUUGCUGGUUCAAGGAAGUUCAGUGUGGGCUUGUAUAUAUACAGCUAUACAGUUGUUCUAUGUAAAUCGUUUCAUAAUCAUUUUAAUACAGAAACUAAAACGAAUAGCUUUAUGCUUUUGGGGGCGUGGGUGUUCUCAAAAAAUGCAACAUGCUGUAUUUUUUUACCUUUUACGUUUUUUAUAGCAUUAUAUUGUAAAUAAAAUGGGCGGAUUUCUUACUUUUUAAGACAAAAGGCUGCAGGCUGCUUGUGUUCUUGGGUCUGAUAGGGUUUGUUUCAAAGAGAGAUCAUGAACAGAUAGAUGGUGUUUAUUUGCCUUUUCUGACCUUCCUGAACUUUCUUUCUUAUCACGGGUAAAGGACAUAUAUUUGCACUGGAAAAAUAAAGCACCUUACGCUACAAAGAGCAGCCUAAAAUAGAGGUGCUACAAAUGGAGUGAUGGGUGAUGCCACAAAAGAACCACUGUUUUUUUUUAAAGAAGCAUGUUUGUACUAGAGAUAUAAGUGUGCAGGACAUUUUACAAAGGUUGCUGUAAGGUUCUUUAUUCAUUUAGUGAUUUUUACACCUCUACUACAAACAUAUUCAUUAAAAAAGCGUGGUUCUUCUAUAGCAUCAACAAAAAUGUUUAUUUUAAUAGCACCCUUGGUGUGUAGAAAAUUAGUGUCCACAAGUAAAUCUACAAUGAAAAAAAUAUUUUUCCCCGUACUUUCAUUUUAAUAAUUUAAUCCAAAUUCAAGCAGUUUGUUAAUUUCUCUAAAACGUUGAGAAUUAACAGGUGAGUUGAAUCAGGUGUGCUUGAGAAGGCAAAGCUCUUAAUGAAUUAAUGUGUUAAUUCUGCGUAUCUCUGGCUGAAAGUACUAAGAGGUUCCCCUGAUUAGUUUCUGUAUGAGGUUUUGUUCUGCGGGUUUGUUAGGGUCUGUUCACUUUUCUGAAAUGUUCAGACUUGAGUUUGUCUCUGUUUUCCUCUUUAUGAAGAGCUGAGAGCCGCGCGCGCUGACGUGUCCUCCGUUAGUUUAAAUCAGCCCUUAAUCUCGCGCUGCUCCCCUUGUUUAAUUCCGCGCGGGGUUGUGACCGAUGUGUUUAUACCGAGUGGACAGAUAUUUAUGCGUCACUCCUGGUUGGGCUGGGGG